AGGAGUUCUUCAUGCCGCUUCGUACCAUUCUCGAGUGCUUCCGCCAGAUGACCGCGGCGGUGCAGUUUAUCCAUUCGCAAAAGAUUGUACACUUCGACCUGAAGCCGGGGAAUUUGCUGAUGUUCGAGCAGAAAACGAAGAUCAAGGUGUCCGACUUUGGCCUG